CUUUGAGCCCAGGACGCUCCUCUCUCUCUCUCUCACUCUGCCUACAAAGCCAACCUAGCUCUAUCUUGAAUGCUUUUCUAUCAUGGAAACGUUUUUUAAUAGGCUGCGUUAAGACUGCUGGUUUUGUUUCACUUUCUUAUUCUGAAAUGUACGACCGUCUGGAUCCCCGCUCGGCCGAGAGAGGAACGCUUUUUGUAGGUAUAAUACAAGGAAGCGUCGUCUGAGAGAGGGAGAGAGGGGGAAGGAUUGACGCUUUUUCCUCCUCUCCUCCUCCUUCCUUUCGCCCCCCUCUCCUGCUCUUUUUGGCGGAGAGAGGGGUUAAGGCAGGAAUAAACCCUUAUUUUGUUUUUUCUUUCUUUCUUUUUUUUUUAAUGAAUUUGAAUCCUACUGCGCAACCAAACCGGAUCACGUGGGAUCGAGGAGAGUUGGAUCGAUUUUGCACAGUUCAAUGUGAGACAAAAAAGAGAAACAAACAACUCUUAUAUCUUUUUACUUAUUUGGAUAAGUGGGACUGUUGAUACUUUUGCAUAAUUGCAAGUUAAGGGGGGGUGUUUUGAGUUCUUUUCUCAGCCUUGGGGGUGUGGAGUGUUAGGUUCUUAUAUGCCUGGGUUUUGAAAAACAAUGGAGACGCACAUUUCGUGCCUCUUCCCGGAAAUUUUGGCCAUGAUUUUCAGCUAUCUGGACGUGAGGGACAAAGGCAGGGUAGCCCAAGUGUGUAUCGCUUGGAGGGACGCAUCCUACCACAAGUCAGUGUGGAGGGGGGUGGAGGCCAAGCUGCACCUCCGCCGGGCCAAUCCGUCCCUGUUCCCCAGCCUCCAGGCCAGGGGCAUCCGGAGGGUCCAGAUCUUGUCCCUGCGCCGCAGCUUGAGCUACGUGAUCCAGGGAAUGCCAAACAUUGAGUCCCUCAAUCUGUCCGGCUGCUACAACCUAACGGAUAACGGGCUGGGCCAUGCGUUUGUACAAGAGAUCCCAUCACUGAGGGUUUUGAACCUGAGUUUGUGCAAGCAGAUCACAGACUCCAGCCUUGGCAGGAUAGCUCAAUAUUUGAAGAACCUGGAGGUGCUGGAGCUUGGCGGCUGCAGCAACAUCACCAACACUGGGCUUCUCUUGAUAGCCUGGGGCCUCCACAGGCUCAAGAGUCUCAACCUGAGGUCCUGCAGGCAUGUCUCUGAUGUGGGGAUUGGACAUUUGGCGGGUAUGACCCGCAGCGCAGCAGAGGGCUGUUUGAACCUGGAGUACCUUACUCUCCAGGACUGUCAGAAACUGACAGACCUGUCUCUCAAACACAUUUCCAAGGGGCUGACCAAGCUCCGGGUACUGAACCUGAGCUUCUGUGGGGGGAUCUCAGAUGCGGGGAUGAUCCAUCUUUCCCACAUGACUUCUCUAUGGAGCCUCAACCUGCGCUCCUGUGACAACAUCAGUGACACAGGGACUAUGCACCUUGCCAUGGGCACCCUGAGGCUGUCUGGGCUGGACGUUUCCUUCUGUGACAAGAUAGGGGACCAGACCUUGGCGUACAUUGCUCAGGGGCUGUACCAGCUCAAGUCCCUGUCCCUGUGCUCGUGUCACAUCUCUGACGACGGUAUAAACCGGAUGGUGAGGCAGAUGCAUGAGUUAAGAACUCUGAACAUUGGACAGUGUGUGCGCAUCACGGACAAAGGGCUGGAGCUCAUAGCUGACCACCUGACCCAGCUGGCGGGCAUCGACCUGUAUGGAUGUACCAAGAUCACCAAGAGGGGACUGGAGAGGAUCACGCAGCUCCCCUGCCUUAAAGUGUUGAACCUGGGACUCUGGCAGAUGACAGAGAGUGAGAAAGUGAGGUGAUUGGAAGUGUUUGGGCUUUUUUUGGUUUUUUUUUUUGGAUGGGGACAGAGGGGCACAUGAGCAGGAGGGGUGAUAGAUGGGCAGGGGGGUUCCUUUUUUCAUUUAAAAAGAGAGAAAACCUCCCCUUUCCCUCCUGUGGUUGUGUAAGGUGUGUAUCUCCCAUGUGACCAGACUUUUAUGUUAAAAUGCUUAAUUUUUCUUUAUUUUGGCCUUUCAGGAUUCUAAUUAGUGUUUGAUGUGACUUGAUAUUCUGCCUGGUAGAGAACAACUCAAUCUUACUUUUUCUAAUGAACUCAUGAAAAAAAAAUUACUUUUAGAAAUUAUUUUCAUCUCAUACUGAGUUUUAAUAUCUCAAUAAUUCUUACAUUGGAGUAGAAUAACUUUAUUUAAUUGCAUAGAAAAUGAGCUUGUUUCACAUGUUUCAAUUACAUAGACACCAGGAGAAUAAUCUGCUUCAUGUACUGACACUUGCUUCCAGAAGAUUCUUGAAGUGAAACUUGCAUCCAUUCAAACUGUCAGAUUUUCCCUUUGGUUUUCAGCAAAGUGAGAUUUUAAAACUUGAGAAUGAGCCCUUUUUUUUAUACUGAGUCUGGAUUUGAGACAUUUACGACUAAUCGCUACAGCCAUCACGCCUAAAACAUUUGGCUACCUCGUAUGUGGUUGUUUUCAAAGGGUGUAUACUGUUUAAAAAGAAGGAAAGCGAGAAUGAGAGACUGGGAGAAAAUGUGCCUACGGGACUAUGUCUGCCCCCUCCCCCAUCCCUCUAUCCCUCCCUCCCUCCCUCCUCCAUGAGCAGAGCUGGAGAAAGGAGACCAGGACACAAUCUAACUACCUUUGUUAAUUUAUCCCCAUAAACAGCAACAAUUUCACAGAGAGAGAAAGAGAGAGAAGGGCAGCCAGCUGUAAAAUCGAUUCCGAUUUUAACGAGAACAACGCUUUAUGCAAAAAACAGAAAACAUGCUUAAGUAAAAGAGCUUUUAUUGUUUGUUUCCUUCAUUUUUAGGGAUGAAGUCCAACUUUAACGCCGCUGACAGACAUGUUGUAUUCAAGCUUUGAUCAAUAUAAAGACACAGUUCUCAGCCUUCCUUCAAAAUACCUAUAGUAGCCUCAUCUUAUGUUAAAAUACUGCAAAUAGGAAUAUUACAAUGGUGUAGUGCACGAUAACACAAUAAUCUAACUGUAUGACCAGGCUAUUAUUUAACACUAAGUGUGUAUUAUAGUGUGUUUUACAGGAUUAAUUUACUGUGGGUAUUUUUGUUUGGGAUGCUGUUAGAAAUUAAUGUCAUUGAAUGUUGUUCAGAGCGUCGUACUUCAAAUUGAAGUGAUUCCUAUAUAGAUAUCUAAUACCCUUUAUUGAUUAAAAGAAAUCAGGGUUGGUUCCAUGGUUAUAUUUUCCCACGUUAAUGCCAACACAGGUCGCAUUCAUAUUCAUGUUGCUUUCACCGGUGAGAGAGAAGUGUAGGGAUAUCUUUUUUCCUCUUUUUCUCCAUCUCCCCCUUCCUUCUUCUUCUUCUUCUCCCCCUUGAACAAAAAUACCCCGAAUCCAUUUCAAGACAUGCUUAGAAUAAGGAGCAAUCGAUUAUUUUUCUUUCUCUACCCCGUCUCGGGUUACACGCGGAAUGCGUCUCUCUCUCUCCCUCGCCAUCUCUCUCUCUCUCUUUCACAUACACACAUGCACACACGUGCGCACACGGAGGCCUGUGUGUGUGCGUUUUUAAUGUAAUGCAAUGACCUGCUAGAAAAUUAAUAUACGGAUGUGCGUCCUGCUGAAAAAGCUGUGUGUGUUUGAAAAUAAAAGAUGUACUGUAUAUUAUGUGUUUGUAAAGAAAAAAAUGCAGAAUCCCAAAAUUAAAUUGUUUUAUAUUCUUACGGUCAAAACAAUUAAAGAUAUUUAUAUAAUGAACGAAAA